AGUUGGAGAACUUGGGCUGUUUUCCUUUCUUCCCAUCCCCCACCUCCUGACCAACCACAUCGUGAUUCACUGGGCAGAAAAACCGCUUUCAGCUUUUCGAUGUUUGGGAAACCUCUCCAGAAGACCACAGUUUAGCUCUGAGAAGGACACUAGCUCCGCUCUCUUUGCUACUAGCAAAACACGCACACGCGCACACACACACCACACACACACACACACACACACACACACACACACACACGCUCACUCCCAGCUCCACACCAUGGUAGUUCAGACUGCAGUGACUCCAAACAGACCUCAGAGACUUCUGAAAAUACCUUAUGGAUCUCUGAGAAGGCGCAGCGUGGAGAGGAUGACGGAGGGCCGUCGAUGUCAAGUACAUCUCCUUGAUGACAGGAAGCUGGAGCUCCUAGUACAGCCCAAGCUUUUGGCCAAGGAGCUUCUUGACCUCGUGGCUUCUCAUUUCAACCUGAAGGAGAAGGAGUACUUUGGAAUAGCAUUCACAGAUGAGACGGGACACUUGAACUGGCUCCAACUAGAUCGAAGAGUCCUGGAACACGACUUCCCCAAAAAGUCUGGGCCGGUGGCUCUGUACUUCUGUGUCAGAUUCUACAUAGAAAGCAUCUCCUACCUGAAGGACAACGCUACCAUUGAGCUCUUCUUCCUGAAUGCCAAGUCCUGCAUCUACAAGGAGCUGAUUGAUGUUGACAGUGAAGUGGUAUUUGAAUUAGCUUCCUAUAUUUUACAGGAAGCAAAAGGAGAUUUUUCUAGCAAUGAGGUGGUGAGAAGUGAUCUGAAAAAGCUGCCAGCCCUUCCCACCCAAGCCCUGAAGGAACACCCCUCCCUGGCCUACUGUGAAGACAGAGUCAUUGAGUACUACAAGAAGCUGAAUGGCCAGACAAGGGGACAAGCAAUCGUGAACUACAUGAGUAUCGUGGAGUCUCUGCCAACCUAUGGUGUUCACUACUAUGCAGUGAAGGACAAGCAGGGGAUACCAUGGUGGCUGGGACUGAGCUACAAAGGAAUAUUCCAGUAUGACUACCAUGAUAAAGUGAAGCCAAGGAAGAUAUUUCAAUGGAGACAGUUGGAGAAUCUGUAUUUCAGGGAAAAGAAGUUUUCCGUGGAAGUUCAUGACCCUCGCAGGGCUUCAGUGACCAGGAGGACUUUUGGGCACAGUGGCAUUGCCGUGCACACCUGGUAUGCAUGCCCAGCAUUGAUCAAGUCCAUUUGGGCGAUGGCGAUUAGCCAGCAUCAGUUCUAUCUGGACAGAAAGCAGAGUAAGUCCAAGAUCCAUGCGGCACGAAGUUUGAGCGAGAUCGCCAUCGACCUGACGGAAACAGGGACACUGAAGACCUCAAAGCUGGCCAACAUGGGGAGCAAGGGGAAGAUCAUCAGCGGGAGCAGUGGGAGCCUGCUGUCCUCAGGUUCUCAGGAAUCAGAUAGCUCUCAGUCGGCCAAGAAAGACAUGUUGGCUGCCUUGAAAUCCAGGCAGGAAGCUCUGGAGGAGACGCUGCGCCAGAGGCUGGAGGAACUGAAGAGAUUGUGUCUCCGGGAAGCUGAACUCACAGGAAAAUUGCCUGUUGAAUAUCCCCUGGAUCCAGGAGAGGAACCACCUAUUGUUCGGAGGAGAAUUGGAACAGCCUUCAAGCUGGAUGAACAGAAAAUCCUGCCGAAAGGAGAGGAAGCUGAGCUGGAACGCCUGGAACGAGAAUUUGCCAUUCAGUCCCAGAUCACGGAGGCCGCCCGCCGUCUAGCCAGUGACCCCAAUGUCAGUAAAAAACUGAAGAAACAAAGGAAGACCUCUUAUCUGAAUGCACUGAAGAAGCUGCAGGAGAUUGAAAACGCCAUCAACGAGAACCGCAUCAAGUCAGGGAAGAAACCCACCCAGAGGGCUUCACUUGUCAUCGAUGAUGGAAAUAUCGCCAGCGAGGACAGCUCUCUCUCAGAUGCCCUUGUUCUGGAAGAUGAGGACUCUCAGGUUACCAGCACAAUAUCCCCCUUGCAGUCGCCACACAAGGGACUCCCUCCUCGGCCACCAUCAUCACACAACAGGCCUCCUCCCCCACAGUCCCUGGAGGGACUCAGGCAGAUGCACUAUCACCGGAGCGACUAUGACAAGUCACCCUUAAAGCCCAAAAUGUGGAGCGAGUCAUCUUUAGACGAGCCUUAUGAGAAGGUGAAGAAACGCUCCUCCCACGGCCAUUCCAGCAGCCACAAGCGCUUCCCCAGCACAGGAAGCUGUACGGAGGCAGGAGUAAGCAGCUCCUUACAGAACAGCCCCAUCCGAAGCCUCCCACACUGGAAUUCCCAGUCUAGCAUGCCAUCCACCCCAGACCUACGCAUCCGGAGUCCCCACUACGUUCAUUCCACAAGGUCAGUGGACAUCAGCCCCACAAGACUGCACAGCCUCGCACUGCACUUUAGGCAUCGAAGCUCCAGUCUGGAGUCCCAGGGCAAGCUCCUGGGCUCGGAGAAUGAUACCGGAAGCCCCGACUUCUACACCCCGAGGACUCGUAGCAGCAAUGGCUCAGACCCCAUGGACGACUGCUCGUCCUGCACCAGCCACUCGAGCUCAGAGCACUACUACCCAGCACAGAUGAACGCCAACUACUCAACACUGGCUGAGGACUCGCCGUCCAAGGCGCGGCAGCGACAGCGGCAGAGGCAGCGGGCAGCAGGCGCCCUGGGCUCAGCCAGCUCCGGCAGCAUGCCCAACCUGGCGGCACGCAGCGGGGCUGCGAGCACUGGCGGUGGCGUGUACCUGCACAGCCAGAGCCAGCCGAGCUCGCAGUACCGCAUCAAGGAGUACCCACUAUAUAUCGAGGGCAGUGCCACACCCGUGGUGGUACGCAGCCUGGAGAGCGACCAGGAGGGCCACUACAGCGUCAAAGCGCAGUUUAAGACCUCCAACUCUUACACGGCUGGUGGCCUGUUCAAAGAGAGCUGGCGCGGGGGUGGUGAUGAGGGGGAUGCAGGCCGCCUUACGCCAUCGCGCUCUCAGAUCCUGCGGACUCCUUCGUUGGGGCGUGACGGCGCCCACGACAAAGGCUCCGGCCGUGCCGCCGUGUCCGAUGAGCUGCGCCAAUGGUACCAGCGCUCCACAGCCUCGCACAAGGAGCACAGCCGCCUGUCGCACACCAGCUCCACCUCCUCAGACAGCGGCUCUCAGUACAGCACCUCUUCCCAGAGCACCUUCGUGGCGCACAGCAGGGUCACCAGGAUGCCCCAGAUGUGCAAGGCCACGUCAGCUGCCUUACCUCAAAGCCAGAGAAGCUCAACACCGUCCAGUGAAAUUGGAGCCACCCCACCAAGCAGCCCCCACCACAUCCUGACCUGGCAGACUGGAGAAGCAACAGAAAACUCUCCCAUCAUGGAUGGGUCUGAGUCUCCAACUCACCAAAGUACUGAUGAAUAGAGGAGCUACAGUGACAGCUGCUUCCUGGAUUCCUCCCUCUAUCCAGAGCUAGCUGAUGUCCAGUGGUACGGGCAGGAAAAAGCCAAGCCCGGGACCCUCGUUUGAGCCGGCCAGGCCAGAUGUGACCACCGCCACGCCAUUCCAAGUCACCUCACUGCCUCUCAUUUGCCUUACCCAGAUGCACUGUCACCUGCACCAGCUUCGGCCCUCAGCACUUUUCUUCUCCCGUCUCCACGUCCCCUUCACCCUCAAAACCCUGACUGAGGAGACUUUCUGGAAGGUUCCGAACCCACUGUGUGUCCCCUGGCUCUCUCGCCCAGAGAGCCAGGCAGCAAUCCUCAAUGGCACCUUGGUGGCUUCCCUCUGCCAUCAUACCCCAGGCCACAAACUGUCAGGAAAGCCAACACGUGCAAUUCCUGUGGAAGAGAACAGAAAAAAGGCUAGCUCUGCCUGCGGAGACUGUGAAGCUGUUUCUGACCGCCACCCUAGGCCGGCCGAGUGCUUCUAGAGGAGAGCGCCUCGUGGGGCUAUCAGUUUCCACCUGAAAUAAAUAUUCCGUCGUGCAACAGCCAGCAAGAGCUCCUCAGGGGAAGCGCUUCAGAGCCGCCUCGGAGGAUCACGGGCGGUUCUAUGCCGCCAAAGAUUAGACACGUUCAACAAUGGACAGAUAGGAGGGGCCAAGAGGGACACACUUUUUCUGCAGUGAAACUUCAAUUCUAAACUGCUUCCACGCAGCACAAGUCAAAGUCAACCAUCUGUAGACCACGUCCUGUUGCGACCCUUCUCCUGGAGCACUCCAGGUCCCCCUGAGCCUGGGAACAAACCCACCAGGACAGCGAAGAUGAAGGAGGCCUGGCUGGCCUGGCAGACUGGGGACUUUAUCUGUUUGGACAUGGGAGGAGCAGGGUACCAUUAGGACUGCCCUAUGCAGGGGCCUCAGCCUACGCCCCCAAAAGCUUCCUUCCUUUUGGGAUGGGGAGGAAGCCAAAGGUGACCAUAGCCAAAAGAAGUUCUCUCGUUAAAACCGCCAGUAAAAGUGUAACCUUUCUUUUUUGUACAAGGCCUUUCAUUUUUUUUGGGGGGGGGGGGAUCCAAGGCAAAAAAGCACAUUGCAAUCUACUUAAGUGUUUUACUGUCGUGGUUCAUUUUCUGUUUGUUCACACUUGUAUGAACUCGGACAGACCUCGCCUGUGUGUCGCCUAGUCAGAGAACUCAAGUAUGCCCUUAGGUAGGAAGACUUUUUUACACAUGUCUACCAGUUGGCAGGUGGAGCAGAGUCAAAACAACUCAGCUCCGAAAGGGCCCAUACCCCUCCACCAGUAUCUGUGACCUUGAUAAACCACCUCUGUCCACAGAUACCAAGAGGAUAAAAGGCAAAAAAAAAAAAAAAAAAGAAAAAAAGAAAAAAACCAUAAAAAGCAUGCGUGCAAGCUGCUCGUUUACAUGUGUUUUGAGCUCUGCUUAACACACAACCAAAAAGCCAUCAAUCUUCAAAGGCCUCAGAACUACUUUUAUACUAACUAACCAGUGCACAGUCUUAGUGGGGUUACUAACGAUGGCAUUAAGUCUGUGGAGGUAGUACGGCUUGCAGGGGUUAUCUCUGGAAUGACUUCCUGUGGGAAAGACAUCUAGGACCAGGAGCCAGGGUGGGAGGAAGGCAAAUCUAAGCUAGCUGUGGCAUCGAAAGAAAAAACUUCCUCAUGGAUUUAAAUCCAAGAGUAACAAUAGACGCUGCCGGACCAGGAAGGUAAGAAAUGGAUAGCAGAGAGGACUGACCCCUGUUGCUCACUCUGCAGUGGCUUGGAAACCUCUGGAAGUCAAGUGGGAGCAUUCAUACCAUGUGGCCUGAGGCCUUCUCUCCCCCAUUCAAGGCUGGGUACCCCAGAGCUGGGCAUGGUUGGCGUGAUGAGCCCAGCUUCCAGAAGCAGUACUCUUCCCAGACACUUGAGGGAUAACCCUGUAGGAUGAGUGGGGACGGGAUAUGAUGGUACAAAAUGACCCUGGGGCUCCAUGGAGAUGGGGCUACCUUUCUUGCUCCUAGUACGAUAAUCGGGGCUACAAAAAGCAGGUUUAUUUGGGGGUUAUUUCUUCCUUUCUUAGCGCAUAGGAAAUGGGACACAUUGUGUCCCAUUUUCUUUCUUCCAAAAGGAGAUGCCUGAAUAAUUUGCCUGAAC